AUGCCUGAGCCCGGGCCGGACGCCCCCGGCACCGCUAGCGCGCAGCCCCCACCGCCGCCGCCCCCGCCUCCCGCGCCCAAGGAGUCCCCGUUCUCCAUCAAGAACCUACUCAACGGAGACCACCAUCGGCCGCCCCCUAAGCCGCAGCCGCCCCCACGGACGCUCUUCGCUCCGGCCUCAGCCGCCGCCGCCGCCGCCGCCGCUGCGGCCGCUGCGGCCAAGGGAGCCCUGGAGGGAGCCGCGGGCUUCGCGCUCUCGCAGGUGGGCGACCUGGCUUUCCCCCGCUUUGAGAUCCCGGCGCAGAGGUUUGCCCUGCCCGCGCACUACCUGGAGCGCUCCCCGGCCUGGUGGUACCCCUACACCCUGACCCCCGCCGGCAGCCACCUCCCGCGACCUGAAGCCUCGGAGAAGGCCCUGUUGCGAGACUCCUCCCCCGCCUCGGGCACCGAUCGCGACUCCCCCGAGCCGUUGCUGAAGGCCGACCCAGACCAUAAGGAGCUGGACUCCAAGAGCCCAGACGAGAUCAUUCUGGAGGAGAGCGAUUCGGAGGAAGGCAAGAAGGAGGGCGAGGCGGCGCCGGGCGCGGCCGGGGCGAGUGUGGGGGCUGCGGCGGCGGCGGCGGCGACGCCGGGCACCGAGGACUGGAAGAAGGGCGCCGAGAGCCCAGAGAAGAAGCCCGCGUGCCGCAAGAAGAAGACGCGCACGGUCUUCUCGCGCAGCCAGGUCUUCCAGCUCGAGUCCACCUUCGACAUGAAGCGCUACCUGAGCAGCUCAGAGCGCGCCGGCCUGGCCGCGUCCCUGCACCUCACCGAGACGCAGGUCAAGAUCUGGUUCCAGAACCGCCGCAACAAGUGGAAGCGGCAGCUGGCGGCCGAGCUGGAGGCGGCCAACCUGAGCCACGCCGCGGCGCAGCGCAUCGUGCGCGUGCCCAUCCUCUACCACGAGAACUCGGCCGCCGAGGGCGCAGCGGCCGCGGCCGCGGGGGCCCCGGUGCCGGUCAGCCAGCCGCUGCUCACCUUCCCGCACCCCGUGUACUACUCGCACCCGGUAGUCUCGUCCGUGCCGCUGCUCCGGCCCGUCUGAGGCCCGAGAGGGGAGGAGAAGGGAGCGCCCGGCCCUCUUCCCAGACCCCGGAGGAGACUGGGCCGGGCAGAGGGCGCCGAGACGUCCAGCGGCCUUCGGGAACCGGGGCUCCGGCGCGCGGCCCCGGCCUCCCCUCCCCAAGUCGGUAGCGUUUUUUUGUAAGUAUUUGCAAUGCAUUUUCGUGCAAUUCACCCCUAAUGGAUUUGAGGCGCUUCCCCUCUUACUUUUGGUUUCGGUUUAUAUUAAGAGAAAGCAAGAAAGAGACAUUUCCAGGUCAAA